AUGGCCAAAAUGAAGAAGGCAGGAAAUCCUGUUACCAAUCGUGCUGCAAUAAAGAAGCUGCUUGAUUCACUCCCCAAGGAAUGGAGCCUGCAAUGCAUGAUGAUCAAGAAGGAUUUCCUCAACAAUCCUAAUCCUGUCACUCUGUCAGAUCUGAUUAACACCCUAAGAGCCUUUGAAAUGGAUGUUAACAAGAGAGAAAUGAACACUGCUGGAUAUCAACCUAAGGCAACUCAACCUUCAGCUGGAUUGAAGAAUGUGGCAUUUCUUGCUUCAGGGGGCAUCACUCCACAAGCUUCUGACCUAAUUUAUGCAAACGCUUCCGCAAGCGCAUCAAAAGCCCCACAACUUGUUGAGAAGAUCAUCACUGUUGACACUCAAGCGUUGAAAGUAUCCACUAAAAAUGUGGCACUCUUCAACACAUUUCUGAGCAGCUACGAAGCCCUAAUGUCUGGGGAACUGAAAAAGGAGAUGUUCACUGCUGAAGACAUGUAUCAGAAAUUUCAAGACAAGACAGGCAAGCGUUUGGGUCUUGGAAAGGCUGGCUUUGACAAAUCUAAGCUGAGGUGCUACAACUGCAAGAAUCUAGGACACUUCAAGCGCGAUUGUCCUCUGUUGAAAGAAGGAAACAGUGAAACUACUCCUGCUGUUAAGCAAAUCACAGUUGAAGAGAACAAAAACAAUGCAUCUCCCAGCACGCCAAAGGCUUUAGUUGUUGAAGACUAUGAUUGGAGUGAAGAGAUCACUGAAGCAAAGGAGCAAGUUAACAAAGCCCUGAUGGCCAAGAUCUCAGGUGAAUCAUCUGCAAGGAAGUUUGAGAAGCAGACAGCUGGAAUUCCAACUGGAGACAAUGAUGCUGACAAAGGACUGAAAAGCAUUCUUUCUUCAGUAAAGCCUGAUGACCAAGCAGAAAAGUCUGUUGCUGAAGAAACAUCUGAGAAAGGGAAAGAUAAGGUCCAAGCUACAGCCAUGAAAGCAGAUUCAUCAAAAGAGAAGGCUGACAAGGACUUGAAUAAACUUCAGAAAUGGUUUCGAAUGCUCAUGGAAUACAUCUGGCAUGUCGACAGCGGAUGCUCAAGACACAUGACAGGGUUGAGGGAACUAUUGAAGAACUUCCGCUUUAUUGAUGGAGAUUUCUUGUCUUUCGCUGGCGACGAAAAGGGAGGGAAGAUUGUUGGAGUAGGAGAUGUAGUGUCCGAAGCCCUCACGCUGGAAAAUGUCAACUAUGUUCCUGAGCUGUGCUAUAAUCUCAUGAGCGUCUCUCAAGUGUGUGAUAAAGGAAUCUCGGUGUUGUUCAAUGACAUGGAAUGCUUGUUCCUGAAGCCCGGUUAUGUUGUUCCUGCAGAAAUGAUCAUGCUCACUGCUCCAAGACAGAACAACACAUAUGUGCUCAACAUGAAAAAUGCCAAGACAAAUGACAACUUGACAUGCUUAAUUUCUAAAGCUUCAGAAUCGGAGUCACUGCUUUGGCAUAGACGACUGGGGCAUGGAAAGCAGCAUAAGAAACCUCACAAGUCCAAAGCAGUGAACACGAUUUCUGCACCACUUCAAUUGUUGCACAUGGAUCUUUUCGGUCCUAUCAGUGUUAAAAGUCUUGCUAAAAGCUCUUAUUGUUUGGUUGUAACAGAUGAUUACUCUCGGUUUUCGUGGGUAUAUUUUCUUGAAGCAAAGAGCGAGACAGCUGAAGUGUUAAAAUCAUUCAUUCCCCUGAUAGAGAACGUGAUCAAGCUGAAAGUGAAGUCUAUAAGAAGCGACAACGGGUCUGAAUUCAAAAAUCAGACCUUCAUAUCAUUCUGUGCAGAAAAAGGAAUUCAUCUUCAAUAUAGUGCAGCCAGAACUCCCCAACAAAAUGGAGUUGCUGAACGCAAGAAUAGAACGCUGAUCGAAGCUGCAAGAACCAUGUUGGUGGACUCCAAGCUUCCAAUUAUCUUCUGGGCUGAAGCAGUUAAUACGGCAUGCUAUGUUCUGAACAGGGUGCUCAUCGUGAAACCUCAUGGAAAGACAGCAUACGAGCUUCUCUUCAAAAGAAAGCCACUUAUAGAUUUCUUCAGGCCAUUCGGAUGUUCGUGCACUCUUUUGAACACUCAAGAAAAUCUCGUCAAAUUUGAAGCAGUGGGUGAUAUCUGCUACUUUAUGGGGUAUUCAUCCACACAGAAGGCCUACCGUGUUUACAACAAACGAACAAAAAUGGUGAUUGAAUCGUACUACGUGGACUUUCAAGAAGGAAAUUACACCAACACUGGCAGCACUCCUGACUGGUUCUAUGAUGUGGGUGUGAUCUUUAAUAACUUUGAAAUUCCGGAGAUUGUAUCAGACCCUGAGCCAGUCGAGGACACUCAAGUUGAACCAUUGUUUGACUCGUCUGACAUUGGUUUGACUCCUUUCACCACCCGCUUGUCUCCAUCAUCAGCUGAUCCGAUUCUGGCUGCGAAUGUAAAUGAGCCAACUCAAGAAGAUGAUCCACCAGUAAUUUACAUGGACGAACACUUCACCAACCUUCCGCAGCAAAUCGAAUCUCUGACAAAUGCCGGAUACAAGACAAAUAGAAAUCAUCUUCUUGAAAAUGUCAUCGGCGCUGUAGAAGAAGGAGUACGUACUCGCGGGCAGUCAGCAAGCAUCAACAAAGGUCUCUUUGCAGCUUUUCUAUCACAAUCAGUUCCACGUGACAUCGAAGACGCUAUUUAA